GAUGAGGGUGACAAUUUUGAUUACACAUCAUUGUUCAUAAGCGAUGUUGUUUAUGAUACCCGUGACGAAGCUUGUGCGGCGGCAAGGGAUAUUGCCCAAAGAAAUAGAUUUUUCUUGGUUGUGGGAUCAGUCAAGCAAAACCCAGGAGAAGCCUAUCCGCGGGUACAUAUGGAUUGCAACCAUGGUAAUAGGAGCAAAUCAUAUACCCCAGAUUUGACGAAGACAAGACGGGUCAAAUCAAAAUCAGGCAAACAAGGUUGUCAAUUCCAAGUUGUAGUGCGGGCUUCAUUGGUAAAUGGCAAAUGUCAGUGGAGAAUUUUGGGUGGUAUGGAUAGGUCUGGGAAGUCAAAGGGAUUUCACAAUCACAAAUUGGAGGUUUAUUCUGAAGGAAACAAGCAAAGGAAUGCUCUUUCAAAGGAGGAAAAAAAUGAAAUUAAGGAGUUGGAGGCAACACAUACUCAGGCGAGAGAUAUAAGAAGUUUUAUAAAUAGGAAGUAUGAUGCUCAUCACAACAUGGAUCAGGUUUAUAACGAGACAGCAAAGAUUAGGCGCGAGAGAUUGGGUGGCCUUUCCCCUAUGCGGUGGACAUUGAUAGAAGCUGACCGUCUUGGCUACUUCAUUGGGGUUGAUUUUGAUGAUGAUCAUUGUGUUACUAGACUCUUCCUUUGCCAUCCAGAAUCUAUUAAGAUGUUGAGCGCAUGGUAUUUCGUUAUUUUGAUAGACUCGACGUACAAGACCAACAAGUAUAAACAACCAUUGGUUCAGUUGAUUGGUGUUAGUCCGGUGAAGAAGAACUUCAACAUAGGGUUCGCAUUGGUUUCAGAUGAGACAAAGGAGACAUAUGCUUGGGUUUUGUCGCAACUGAAGAAUGUUCUUGGUGGUCGAAGACCAGAUGCGUUCGUCACCGAUAAGGAGGGAGGGUUGGGUGUCUCUGUGCGUGAGAUCUUUCCAUCUUCAGCUCAUUUACUAUGUGUGUGGCACAUGAAGAAAAAUAUUGAAGCUAAGAUGAUGUCUCUCGGGUCAAGUCGAGAAUCUGCAGAGGCGUUUGUAGCAGGGCAUUGGCAGACACUUAUGAAUGCCAACACGCAGAGAGGGUUCCAGCAGCGGUGGGUAGACUUGCAGAAUAGUGAGUGGGGUAGAAACCUACGCUUCAUGAACUACUUGAAGGGUGAGUGGAUACCAUGUGCGCAAAGGUGGGCUCAUUGCUACACCAAUCGUGUUUUCCAUAUUGGUAACACGAGCACAAACAGGGUAGAGUCAGCUCAUUCGUCCUUGCAGAAAUGGCUUGCCAGUUCGACCCACAAGAUCGACACACUCUUUCUCAGAUAUCACACAUCCAUUGAGGGAAAAGUGACUGAACUAAGAAAGGACUUAGAGGAUUCGCGUUUGAAGGUAUUUUCAAUUUUUCUUCAAUGGUGUUGA